UUAGAAACUGUUCAUUGAAGUCUAUGCAAAAUGGCUUCUUGGUUACAAGUUUAUAUUGUUGCUACUGCUCUACUCAGUUGCUCUCUAGCUAUUAGGGACAAUUCAUUUAGAUUUAGAGUCCCAGCUGGCUGGUACGAGUGCUUCUAUGAGGAAUUCGACUCAAGUAAAGAUGAAAGAAUGGAGCUCUACUAUGAAGUUAUUCAAGGGGGUGGUUUGGACAUCAGGAUCAGCGUCUCCAGCCCUGAAGACGUGCCUCUGGUGCCCCCGAGCGUGGAAAGAAGAGGACACAUACCUCAGAUUGAUACAGAUGUGAAUGGACCCUAUGGGAUCUGUCUGGACAAUACCUUCAGUAGCGUCUCGGAUAAAGUCGUUUAUCUCAAUCUGAUUGUUUAUGAGAUAUCGGAUAAAGUGGCGCCAACCCUUCCUCCUAAUGUACGAAAAGACAUCAAUUUCACUAACUCUGUGUUAUCUAUGGCAAUGAGUUUGCACUAUAUUGGCCAGAAGCUGAGGAACGUGACGAUUACACAGCGUCAUUUACAGACGAGGGACUCCAGACACAUGGUGACUGCAUUGUCCAACGAAGAGAACGUGUUUGUCUGGUCGCUGCUAGAGACUGUAGUCAUUGUAACUGUGUGUGUAGUACAAGUGGUUCUUAUUCAUAGAUUAUUUAUAGGUCACAACAGGAGUGAUGGCCUCAGGACGUAAAACAUAUAUAAUUAUAUUUUUUAAUUUUUGGCUGACAAGCUUUAUACAGAGUAUACAUGUAUAAUAAUAGUGCAUUGUAAUACAAUUCGCUUACAAACAAAUGAGAGGUUAAUUAAAUUAA